AUGUCUGUAUCAACGGAGAGCAGCAUCCCACCUCCCUCGAUAGAGGCCCUCUUGGAAAAGCUCAAGUCUGCACAGGACGGACUGUCCACCACUACUAUUCCACGCCGUGGUCCGGCCGUGCCACCUCCGCUGCCUCCCCGAGGGGGAGAGGCUGAAUGUCCCUGCGAGAUUGAAUUUCGCCUCCAGGCUCUGCAUGUCAUCGAGGACAGAGGCGUCGACCAGUUCAGAGAGGUGCUCAAGCGGCGAGAAGAGGACGAUGCUGUGCUCAGGCGUCGCCGUCAACCUCUUCACAACCGAGUUCAAGCCUGUCGAGCGUGGGAGAAUAAUGCAUUCGCUCGUUUUAGCAAAGAUAUCGAGACACAGAGGACGAUCCUGCUGGGCCAGCAGAGAGCUCUCGAGGGAGAGCUGCGACAGACGGAAACCAGUCCUCAAUACAAGUGCAUCCCGCAGAGACACCCAUUCCCUCGCAUGCUAUCACCACCACCUGGAUAUCCCUCCCCUGAUAGCCUUGUUUCUGCGGUCGAGUCCAGGCCGAGUACUUUCCCAGAGGCCACCACUGUUGUCCGCAAGCAAAGCCAGGAGCUGGACGACGAUGAAGGGGUGAGACCUGAAGACAUGCUUGAGUUCGAGGGAGAGAAAGAGAUGCCAGACGUCGCUGCCGAAGAAGCCAGCCGGGCGAUGCCGACAACAACAAUAAUCAGAAAAGCCACACCUCUGGUUGCAUCAGAAACUCCCACGCCUUUUGGCAUUGGUGCACGCAUGCCAUCGUCGCCUGGUCCUCGCCAGAGGAGAUUGCGGGCUCUGAGACCCCGUCCUCCACCGAUUCCUCCCUCACAGACGUGGACUCGCAGGCCUGCGCAAGUCGAUGCGGACCCUUUUUUCUCCAUAACACUCCCACCUCAGUUCCCCGUUCGUCCCGUUCUUCCUGUUCUUCCUGUUCUUCCAACCCCUGACCGCCCUCUCCCUCUUGUUCUCCCCCCACGCGCGGCCCAUGGCAAGCCCAGGAAUCCUCGCCCUCGCCCUCGCACCCAAUACCUGAAGGUUGGAGGAGGGAGCAUCUCAGUCAUGCUGCCGGCGUUGAACGUCAACAUCUCGCAGAUCUACCAUGAGGCGGGCGAGGUCUUUUACCGGGCGGCCCAUCGGUCCAUCAUCACGGCCAAAAGGGGCGGGCCUACACACAACGGCUACUACGUGUCGUUGGAGCGAGCCAUCUUCUUUUGCCACGGGAUGAAGUUGCACCGGAUCGUCGAGGAUCUGGAGCAGCUGCGGUCCAAGUACUGUCCAGACAGCCAGCCGCCGACCGGCGGCGACCGCAGUCAAUGGCUGGAAACCGUCUUGACGUAG